AUCUUUCAAAGAACAGAUUUACUGAAAUUCCUCCUGAUGUCUGGCUGUUUGCGCCAUUAGAGACUUUAAAUUUGUAUCACAACUGCAUCAAAUCCAUUCCUGAAGCCAUAAAAAAUCUGCAGAUGUUAACGUAUCUUAAUAUUAGUCGCAAUCUUUUAGCAACAUUGCCAAAAUAUCUGUUUGACUUGCCACUUAAAGUUUUGGUGGUCAGUAAUAAUAAGCUGGUAUCCAUUCCAGAAGAAAUUGGAAAGUUAAGAGACCUGAUGGAGUUGGAUAUCAGCUGCAAUGAGAUUCAGGUCCUUCCCCAGCAAAUAGGAAAACUGCAAUCGCUUAGAGAAUUAAACAUCAGAAGAAAUAAUCUCCAUGUGUUGCCAGAUGAACUGGGAGACCUUCCCUUGGUAAAACUGGAUUUUUCUUGUAAUAAAAUUACAGAAAUUCCAAUUUGUUACAGGAAAUUACAUCAUUUACAAGUAAUAGUUUUGGAUAACAACCCAAUGCAGAUACCGCCGGCACAGAUAUGUUUAAAGGGUAAAUUUCACAUAUUUAAAUUCCUCAAUAUUCAAGAAUGUCUCAGAAUAGAUAAAAAACCAGAUUCCUUGGAUCUUCCAUCACUGGGUAAAAGAAUCCCAUCCCAGCCACUCACAGACAGUAUGGAAGACUUUUAUCCUAAUAAAAAUCAUGGUCCUGACUCUGGCAUUGGCAGUGAUAAUGGGGAUAAAAGAUUGUCUACAACUGAACCAUCUGAUGAUGACACAAUCAGCCUUCACUCUCAGGUAUCAGAAUCGACAAGGGAACAGACAAUAAGGAACGACAAUCAUUUAAUAGGAAGUAAAUUUGACUCCCCUAAAGACCAGGAGGUGUAUGAUUACAUUGACCCUAAUGCAGAAGAUGCAGCCAUUCCUGAGCAAGAUGUACAAAUGGGACCAUUUGUCUAUUACCUUAAGGAACGAGGAAAACACCCUGAGAAAUCACAGAAAAUAGAAAGGAAUGAUGAGUGGGGAGAGGAAAAAAGGCUUCAAAAAGAGAAGCUGUUGGCAGAGGAAGAUGAUGAACUGAAAGAGGUGACUGACUUGAGAAAAAUAGCAGCUCAGCUACUGCAGCAAGAACAGAAAAACAGACGGAGACCAUUAAGCUAUAGAACUUCAUUCAGUGAAAAACUCUUCCAGAGGACGAGGGCUGCAGGACGUGCAUCCAGGCUUCUUAAUCAUUCAACCUCAGUAAGCACAAGAAACAGGCCAAAACAGACUGUGGAAUCUGAAAAAAGCGUCUCAACAGAUGAAACAAAUUCUCCAGUAUCUCCUUACAGCUGGCAGCCCCUAGAAAAUCAAAAGGAACUGACAGAUGAGCAGCACUGGCCAGAAACGCAGCCUGUUAUCUGGCAGAAUGAAGAGAGGAGGAGGAGCAAACAAGUUAGAAAGGAAUAUUUCAAGUAUAAGUCUUCCAGAAAGUGUUCGAGUGGAAAUGAAAAUGAUGAGCAAGACAGUGAUAAUACUAAUGUGUCCCCACAGUCUCCUGUUUCAUUUGAGGAUUAUGAAAGGGCAGACGGUAACUCUCAUGCUCCGUUUGGCCUCAAACCUAGGUCAGCUUUCAGCCGUUCCUCUCGCCAGGACUAUGGAUCAGCAGACCCUGGAUUUACAAUGAGGAGGAAAAUGGAGCAUUUAAGGGAAGAAAGGGAGCAAAUAAGACAGCUUCGCAAUAAUCUUGAGUCGAGGUUAAAAGUCAUUUUGCCAGAUGACAUUGGAGCAGCAUUGAUGGAUGGGGUUGUUCUUUGCCAUUUAGCCAAUCACAUAAGGCCACGUUCUGUUGCAAGUAUUCAUGUACCAUCACCAGCAGUGCCUAAACUCAGUAUGGCAAAAUGCAGAAGAAACGUUGAAAACUUUCUUGAUGCUUGUAAAAAAUUGGGCGUUCCACAGGAAAGGCUUUGCCUGCCUCAUCACAUUUUGGAGGAAAGGGGUCUAGUGAAAGUUGGUCUUACAGUUCAAGCUUUGCUUGAACUACCUUCAUCUAAAGCAUCCCAGCUUUCCUCUGUCUAACGUGACUUUUGAAAACCAGGCAACUUAUCAUUGGUCUGUUGCUGCCAAGCAGUUCUGCUUCCUGAAUGGGAACAGCCAAGCCAUCAGAAGUAGUUUGUGCCCACACACUUUAAACAGAGCCUUACUUUGGAAAGAUACAUACAAACUUUAAUUUCAAACUGACAAUUACCUGAAUAUAAAGUUGUUCUGAUGUUUUAAAACUUGGAUGCACAAGAGAGUUUAACGGCAUCAGAUUCUGUGUCCAGGUAAUAUAAGUUCCCAGUUUUCCAUUAAUAUUUCAUGACCGUAUUUUUAAAAGCUGGAUUUUUUUUUUUUACUAUAAAUGCUGUUUUAUUUUAUAAAGAAUAAUAUGCACAGCAAACAAAGCCCUACUAUAAAAAGUUUGUCAAUCAUUUGGUUCAAGUGUAAAGAUAAAACAAAAGCCUCGCUACAGUAUGAUGGUGAAAAUCUGAGUGACACAUCACAUUGAAUCCAUUUUUGUUUCAUAUAACUCUAUAUUUGAGUUCUUUAUUUCUUGCACUUCUGACUGUAAUUUAUAUACUUCUAACAUCUCCAUUAUUUAGUUGGAUGUAUAAUAAUUACACAAAACAUUAUAUAGCAAAAAGGGUUUUUCCAACCUAAGUUCGUGCCAAACUAUUUUUUUAGUUGUACUGUAGAUUGUUUACAUGUGAAGUGCCUGUGUAAUUGAUGACUCUUGAUAGUCUUAAACAUUUUUGCAAUUUCUUUUUCUGAACUAGAUGCAAUGGGAAUUUUAAAAUAUUUUAAUAGUUUUUUGUAAGGUCAGUAAAUGAUGCUUCACAUUUUUGGUGUUAUAUGUUUUAAGUUGCACAAAUUAAUUAUGUUGUCUAAUGAUUGGAAAAUAAUGUAAAUACAUGUUAUUUAUGCUAUUUAAUUUAGUAAUACCCAAUCACUUUUGUUUUAAUGUAUUGUUAACAAAAAUUGUCACUUUGAGUUAUUUUUUCCUUGUUUGGGACAAACCAUGAUGUCCAGAGAUAAAUCAGAAGGGUGUGGGCUAGGGACCAGUACGUAAUAAUCAUUAAGGAUGUUUUGAUAAAGCUGCCAAAAUCUCAGGUUUAUGCUGUGACUUUCAGAAUUUUACAUUAUGUUGGUCCAUUAGAUUUGUACAUUAUCAGAAAUCACCACAAGUUAGAUUAAAAGAGGGGGCUAGGAAUCUUUAUAUUUUUCCAGCGUUUACAGGUUUGUUUGAGAGGGACUUAAUUUGGGAAAAACUGCCUGCAUGUCACGUCGCACAUUCACUUUGCACCAAUGCUUCUCAUUUGCACCAUUGUCGCCAGUUAUCAGCGGUUAACUCUGUGCUGAAAAUGUCACACACUUUGGGAUAAAUGUAAAAACAAAAAAUCCCACAACAGAAACUUUUUCAUACUUGGCUAGAUAUAAGUACUUGCUUCUACAUCUUUUCUGACUGAUAUAUCCCCACAGUGUUCUGAGAACUUUCAAAAUGAUAGACAGUUGACUCCCUUUCUUUCUGAUGUGGUUCUGUUUUUUUCCUUCCUCCCAAACAAAUUUACCUUCUUAGUAAAUAUAUGACUCAAUGAAAAAUGGUUGGUUCUGGGUCAGUGUGUUUUCAGACAGUUACUUUAGACCAAGGGGUAAAAUUUUGUGUGCCAGAUGAUGUCAAGAUAAUUAAUUGAUGCUCUUUUGCCAAUUGACCUAAAACUGUUUUGUUACAUUUGGCUAAGGAAUAAGGAAGAAAAUAUUGAUUUGGUUUUUCCUUGCUGUCUUUAAUUGAAGCAAUAAAGCCAGGUGAGAAGACUGCCUAGAGCAGGGGGCUGGACUUGAUGACCUUCUGAGGUCUCUUCCAGUUCUAUGAUUCUAUGAUAAGACAAACAAACAUCUUGAUAGCUAAAAUAUCUAGAAGAUACAAUUAUUUUAAUGCUCUUUAACUAAAAUCCAUUGAAAUUAAAAUAAUUCAUGGAGUCUUGGUAGCAUAUGCUGUUUAUAAAGUGUAUUCUGAGAUACAGCUCAUUAAAAAAACCCAAUGCUCUCUUUAUAAAAUCAUUCCUAUAUAACAACAUCUGGUACUCAUGCACAAAUUGAAAACGGCUCAUUAAUGUUUGGCCAUUAAAAUAAGUUUAAUUUACCUUUCCUCUAAAUUAUCCUUUUUAUUUAUCUUAAUUCACAUUCAUAGGAGAGAUUCAUUUAAAAAAUGAAGGGGUAAAUGUAUUCUCAUUUUACAUGCAUGCAAUAUCAGGGAAAAAUUAAAUUUAGUUGAGAUUAAAAUGAACAAGCAAAUUUAGUUUAGUAAGCAGAUUUUGGGUUGUUACGUUGUGCAGGUACCGGGUUGGGGAGCACUCACCACCCAGUUCCUGCACAGCCGGAUGAGCGCUCCCCCUGCCCCGUCCUACGGCUGCGGAGGAAUCGGGUGGUGAGCUGGUGUGUUUAAAAAAAAAAUUGUAUACCCCGUGGAGGGGUGGGGGAGGGUGGGGGUUUGUAAAAACGAAUAUAACCCAUGGGUUAUAUUCGCUAAAUUACAGUAAGUUUCAGACUUAUGUAAUCGCUAAACUGGAUAAUGCAAACGCUUGUUGGACUGUUUAAAUACGUUCACCAGUCCUCAGUGACAUUUCAGUUUUCCAGAUGGAAUUAAGUUUCCUCUGCAAAGUCUGCUGAAUACAACGCAAGCCUCACUUAAUACCACUUCUAGUCAGUUUGUUUUGUGUAUCUUUUGUGGAGUAUUGUAAUGUGUGAAGAGAGGAAAAUGUUUUAUGUCUGAAUGUAAACACUAAGUCUAGCUGUCAGAGUAGUGUACGCUAGCUUCACUUAAAAAAAAAAAAAAAACCAGUUUUCCCUAAAGAGCUUUAAAUAGUUUGACAGUUAAAAAAAUACUGUUGAUAUCAUUACUGUAUUUCAUUUACAUUUGACUGUUCAUACGUACAGUGAAAUAAUUAAGAAAUUUUUAAUAUUUAAAAUGUUCAUAAUCAUAAGUAUUGCUGAAAUAGCUUUGCUUUGUUAUAGAAACUAUCCAAGCCCCCGUUUACCCCCUCUGAAAGGAAUCAAACCUGAGAGAAGAGGCGAAGCAUGGAGGAUACUCCAAGAUUCUUCUUGGGGAAUUUCCUGCUUAUCGGGUCACAUUAGAAAAGUUUGGUGUCCUUUAGAGUGAGCCCAUAAAUCUACAAGGAAAGGACACCAAGAUCUGCAUGGUUCUCUUCAGUUCCCCCCCCAGACGUAGUAUGGCUUUGGAGCACCGUGCUGAAAUUAGCUAUGCUGCCCCAUAGCCAUUUGGUAGCGUACACCUGGGAGAAUUCUGUGCCCCAAAUUAAAAAUUCUGCACAGUGUUAAAAUUCUGCUUUUGUCAAAAUAACAUUACGUAAUCACAUCACUUUCAAUUAUUUGGGUAAUUUGUUUCAAAACACCUUUCAGCAACUACGUCUGCAACAAUGCAGACUGCCCAAAAGAUUCCCGCCCGGAGGCAGAACGUUAAAGCCCUACAACAACCUAGUCCCUGUUACGCUGGCUUCUCCCUCUGAGCCAGGCUGUGGAGCACCCCAUGGCCCAUACGUCUGCACCACCUCUCCCCUCAGAGCCCAGCCAUGGGGCACCCCCAGCCCAGACACCCUCACCCCAAAAAAAUCCUCUGCAGGGUUCCCUGGUACAGACCCCCCCUACCCUGAGCCCAGUCACAGGGUCAGACACCUGCUCCCCAGCCCAGACACUUGCACCUCCUCCUGCCCAGGGAUUUAGAGUCUCAUGCUGGCUCACAGGCUUGUAUGGAGUUUCCUGCAUGCUGGGAACCGCAGCUGCCCAGAACAUGCCCUCUCCGCUCUAGCAAGAUCCUGUAUUGGAGAGCUGGGCUUUGUUGGACCCAGUGGUCCCAAAUGUCAGCCAGCAGUUCUGUAGCACCAGUUCUGCAGGGAAAAAGGGAAUUCUGCACAGAUUGUGCAUUGCAGAUGAUGCAGGAUUGCCCCAGGAGUGGUGGCAGCUUCAGAAGCGACUGACAAGGGAUCCAUGCUUUUAAGAGAUGAAGGAACAAUACCCCCAAUCUGGAAAUGGGAGAGGCAUUACUGCCUACAGCCCAUCUUUUCCCCCCACCUCGGACUGCCAUCCCCACGACUGCAAUUCAGAGGGCGAGGGAGUGGCAAGGUUCCUUAGGGCUCUCAUGGAUGAUGGCUAGAUUUCUGUGCACAAAUCAGAGUUCUGACCGGGAUGCAGUGUGGCAGGGCCUGGCCUUUCCCUCGGGUUAGUCCAGCCCGCUCAGUGGAAGUCACAGUCCCUGUCGUCCUCUCAUAACAGGCAAGGAGAAAGCAGCCCAAAGAUGCCCCCAGCUUUCAUCAUGGACUGUGAUAUUGCAUGUUUGGAAUUUUUCUUAAAUGUCACUAAUCACAAGUAGUCGCCAUAUAAUACUUUUAUUUAUUAUCUAUCUCCAUUUCUAGCUGCAUCUGCUUACAGACUCACUAACUUUCCCCUCUCAUGCCCCCAGUAACCUUCCCCCCAUUAGUUUUUCACAUGGGAAACUGUCACAUAGUUCAGCAGUGAGGCGUCUAAGAGAUCCCCACAUCCUGCCCAUUAGAAACACUGUUUCCAUUCUGUGUAGGACCGUGUGUGGUGACACGGAUUGCACCGUUUGGUGAGGGCUUCAGAGCACUCAGCAUUGGCUUGACUUGAGUAGGACUAGUUAUGCCAACAGUAAGAGCUUUAGGGAAUCUCACUCAUUAAGGCUUGACAGUUACAGUGCUGUAGGAGUUAUUUACGAACUAAUUAUUCAAAGCCAAGUUACUGCAAUAAAACCACAGUAAGGCAUGUUUAGUGAUUUAUUACAUGUCUGAACAUACCAAAAUGUUUUCUUUGGCCCCAGCAUGUUGUCUUUUUCCCCAUAGAUGGACAGGGUAUUGGCAUGGCUCCAGUGCAACCCACAGGAAUGUUGUGUCCUUCAAGGGGUAAGAUUAUUAGUGAGGUCGUUUCUAGUUGAUUGUACCCUGUUUUAAGUAAUGGCAUUAAAGUGUUUAGUUCAAGGUGACAAAAUGACUUCAACCUGUCAGAAAUACACGUACUGACAUGUCUCAGUGGUUUGCAUAUAGAUAAUUAAAGGUUGGAGUGGCUAGAUCUGUGACUUUGAUUUGCACUGUACAUAGGACUGCAGGUCAUUGACCGACAAAUAGGCUCAGAUAUGUCCAGAUUUUUAAAGCUCUUCCAUAAUAUAACCAGGAAGGACCUACCUCAGAGGUGGCCAACCUGUGGCUCCAGAGCCAUACGCGGCUCCUUGCUUAGGUACCAAAUCCAGGGCUGCAGCUACAGGUGCCAACUUCCCACUGGGCUGGAGGGUGCUCACUGUUCAACCCCCAGCUCUGCCCUAGGCUCUUUCCCCCUAGGAUCCUGCCACUUCCUACCCUCUCCACAGAGCCUGUCACACCCUUGCUUCCCCCCUCCAGUGUCUGCCACUGAGACACAGCUGAUCCCAGUGGCAGGAGGAAAAGAAGGAGGCACUGACUGGUGGGGCUGCCAGGGGCUGGGAUGUGCUGAGAGCGGUGGUGGGGAGAUGAGCAAGGCUGGUGACAUAGAACGGUGGCUCUUUGUCAAUGUGCGUUGGUACAUUCUGGUUCCUCCUCAGGUUUAGGUUGGCCAGCCAGACCUACAUAAUGUACUGCAUAAAGGAGUAGGUUAAGAAAGGAAUAGUAGUAAUCGUUUAGCUGUAUCAUGAAUUGUAAGGAAGUGCCAGGAAGACGGGAAGAGCUGCAGGGUCUCAGUGUGGACAAGACGAGGGUGCAGGAAGGAGCAUUAUUUUAGGAUUACUAGGAACUAGGGAACCUUUCGAGAAAAGAAGGCCUAAAAUGGAAUCAUCAUUUCUUGCAUGUGAAAUUCAAACUGGUAGAGCGGAGCACAUGGUCCAUUAGGGAUGAAUUUAAGUGGGAUAUUCUAUAUCCUAGUGAAAAGGAGAGGAAAGAAGUUUGGAAAGUACAUAUUGGAGCAAGGGAGGAGCAGUAAAACAUAAGAAUCCCUUCAAAUAUAACACAUGAAUGAAAGCAAGAACUGAAUAACAAAAUGUAAGUGCUUAUAUAAAAUAUGAGACGUUUAAAUACUAACAUGGGUGAACUAAAUUGCCGGGCAUUAAAUGAGGAUAUUGAUAUAAUAAACAUCCUGAAAACUUGGAUGAAGAUAAUCAACGGAGGACACAAAUACCAGAAUCCAAAGACAUAUGAAAUGAUGAAGUCUAAAUGGAUUUUUUAUUACUCAAGAAAUAGAUCUUGGAUUCAUUGUGGAUAGUUCUCUGAAAACAUCUGCUCAAUGUGCAGCAGCCAAAAUAGCAAAAAGAAAUGAGAAACCAUAAGGAAAGGGAUAGAUAAGAAGAUAGUGUCAUCGUGAUAUUACACACAUUUGUACUACUGCAUGCCUUUCUGGUCACUCCAUCUCAAAAAAAUAUUAGAAUUAAAAAAGAUUCAGAGGACAGUAAAACUUAUUAGGAGUAUGGAACAGCUUCCAUAUGAGAAGAGAUUUAAAAAGACUGGGAGUGUUCAGCCAAAGAAGAAAACGACUAAAUGUGAGUGAGAGCGGUCUGUAGAAUCAUGACUGGUGUGGAGAAGUGUUAUUUCCCCCUUUCCGUAAAGCAAGAGCCAGGGGCCCCAGGAUGACAUUAAUCGGCAGCAGGCUGGAAACAGAUGUUUCGCACCGAGCACAGCCAGCCUGUGGGACUUGCUGCCUGGGAACGCUGUAAAGGCUAAAAGUCUCUAGUCCUUUUCUGACCCUAGCUGUAAGUUCAAGAACCAUUAGUGGCCAUUAGCCAAGAUGAUCAGGGAUGCAGCCCUGUGCUCUGGGUGUCCCUAAAGCUCUAGCUGCCAGAAGCUUGGACUGAAGGGACCAGGGGAUGGCUCCUUCGAAAUUGCCUUGUUCUAAUCAUUCUCUCUGAAGCAUCUGGCUGUGGGCACUGUCAGAAGACAGCACAUGUCCAUUCUGCUCUUCCAGGCAAGUCCUCCGUAGGCCACUCUUCAUAAAGUGCCACUCUUCUUUGCCUCUACCUGGAGUUUAUCCCUAAAAUAAUUUGAGGUUCACAUAAAACAAGCUCCUUAUUGGGAUUUUUCCCAAAACAGCAAUGCUGCUGAGGAGGAGAGUGGACGUCACUCUCUUGAUGUCCAACAGGCACUGGCACGCUGUGUGCAGAGAAUGAAAGCAAAUAGGAACCCACCAAGACUGUUUAGCACCUUAUCAGAGCAAUCAAGGACUCCAGGAUUAUCCAUGCACAGACUCUGCAAAAGGAACUCAAGCUGCACCAUCCUUUCCUCCCAAGUAACAUGUUUCUCUCACACAUCUCGGAAGGGGGGAGAGCCCGAUUCCCUGGAGUACAGACAAACCUCUACAACCAUGGCGUCCAACCAGCUCUGAAGCAGUAGCCACUAUAGUGGCCCACACUCCACUGGCCAAAUAGCCACAUUGUUUGAGCCAACUUGCCACAUGUGGCUAAUGGUUAGUAUGUUGGACACCACGGCUCUACAGCAUCUCUGAGAUGAACUCUACUAGCUGUAUCCACAAGGCAGCUACUUUGGAACUCGCCAUAUAUUCAGAUGCUACACGUUGGCCCAUACCUGUGCUGCAGAUAUAGCUGUGGGAACAGACAUGCAUGCCCUCUUCAUCCUUGUGAAGCAGGAGGUGGAGACUACUGCUUACUAAUUUCCCAUGUGUGGGGUGCACAUAGGAGCCGUCACUCAAAGAAGAAAUGGAAGCAGGUUACCUGGAAGUGGAGGUUUUUUGAUAUGGGUGGUCCCUAAUUGUAUUUCACUGCCCACUCCAUCCCCUUUGCGGUGGCUGAUGGCUGGAUUUGCUGUAAGAACAGACUAAAAAAGCAUCUGUCUGCACGGUGCCUUAUACUCUUGGUUCAGAGCAUGAGGAGAGCAACUGCACACAUGUAAACCAACAGACGUUGCUUACUAAAAAUCUUCAGAAUCAUGGGUGGGGCAUAUCCUUACACACGUGUGGAACACGGAUAAAGACCACACAUCCUGAAGAACCUCUAGUUAGAGGUAAGCAACCUCUCGACCAUUUUCUGCACUGAGUUAGUCCGAGGUGUGCAUCCUUUUUGGAAAUCCUGAUCUGUUACUUCCAACAACUUCAGCUGAAAAUGGCAUGCUGGUUGUUUUAAAAAGUCUCACGUAAAUAAAGGAAUACCACUGAGCUCUGAGAUUGUAAAGGGUAUGGACCAUUAGAACUUGUCAAGAGGAUAUGUACAGUUUUGUGGGGCAUAGAAUUUCCAGCAGGGUGUCUGUGGGCUGCACUGCAGACCAGAUUUAUUCAGAGGAUAAGUUAGCCUGGUGCAGCAAUGGGAGUGGGGAGAAGAGCGGGCAGAUGGCUUGGAAUUAGUGUAGUUCUCGGGGGAAGGCAACAGCUCCCAGUUCUGGACCCACGUCUCUCUGUAAAGGCCAUAGCAAGUAUAGAAUUUGCUUCCUGAGUCUCCCAAAGGCUAGGGAAUCUAGUCCUGCAAGGCGUUCAUGGCUCGCUGCCUUAGCUCUGCCAAGCGUCCUUUCCAGCCAUUCCUCCCACCCCUUGUGACCAUGCUUGUGGGAUGACAGUAACAUCUGCUCGCUCCCUCUUCAUCUCACUGAUUGAGCUCCAUGUUAGAGAUCAGAAACAAGGGAGGGGACAUUGAGGUCACAAAGUCCUUUUCGUGUAUUUCCUUUUUGCCAGCCACCAAGGAAAGAGAGAUCCCUUCCCAUGCCUUUCUGGGCACAUCUACCCUUCCUAGAGCAUUGGGCAGCACCCAACCAGGGCCUGCCCCGAGAUCAGUUCUGCAAACGAAAUUCCUGUGUACACGUAAGGGGGCUAGGAUUCGGUGGCUGAAAAAACCCAACGCCUCUUUUGUGGAGCAGUAUCCUUUGCAGGGACAGCAGAUAGUUAUUGGGGGAAGUGAAAGCUGAGUGCGCAUUUUCCAGUAAUUUUCACACGCACACACAAAAAUACUGUUAUCCUGGACUCCUGAAAGGAAUGUUCAUCGAGAGAAUGCAGUGCUGCGAACAAGAAGACAUUUCCCUGGUGUUAGUUGCUUCUCUACUCCAGUUUGUCCUCAUAUGAAAAGAAACCGUGUUACCACUCCUGGCCAUUACAUGCCUAGCACAUAGUUUAACAUAAUAUGCACGCAAUACAUUUAUAGUGGCAUCUUCACACUGGUGGGGAAAACAUGUAUAUCGAAUGCACAGCAUUUUUUAAAAAAUACACUGUUUUAUGUAGCUAUUUUGGUGAUAUGCAUGUGAAAAGAAAACAUUACGCUUUUAUUUCUAAUGUGGAAAUUGUUCUUUCCACAUUGGCCCCGUGUCUAAAAUCAAGAUGCUUCCUUCUUAGUUUAAUUCAAGUCAAUGGCUUUAAUUUUUACUUCGUAGACUAGUGCUUUGUAUGGGUUUAAGAAGAUACUUUCUAUAGAGCAUUUCUGUUAACACACACUGAAAUUGUAGUUUUGUUACACUGUGUUUCACUGUCUUUUUUUGUUAUUUUCUAAAACACACUUGAGUUCAUAAAAGCCACUUGAUCAUUUUUAGGUGGAGGAGAAAGCAAUAAUGACCAAGAUGGCAUCAGUCACUAUGUCUACACUGUAAUGCUAUUUCAGGAUACUGGGGUGUCCCAAAAUAGCAGUCCAUAUCUUAACAGCAAGCCUGUUGUUUUGGGCUCAUUAUUCCGACGUCCCAGUAAACCUCAUUCCACAAGGAGUAAGGGAUGUUUCUGAAUAGCAACUUAUUUCAAAAUGUGGCUAUUUCAAGCGACAAUGCAGUGUUGAUGCACCCUGAAUGAUUUUCUAAUUGCUUUUAAAGUAUAUUGAAAUUAACAGUUUUCGACAAGCUUUCUUUAAAUCUAGCCUUCUGAGCCACACAUCUGCCUUGAGGGCGGGGGGCUGGACUCGAUGACCUCUCAAAGUCCCUUCCAGUCCUAUUAUUCUAUGAUUCUAUGAUCUGAAUGCCAGUCCUCGAAAAGCUUUAGAAAACAUCCUUAUUUUUCUGAGAAGUCAUAAAAAAGCAGAAUUGUUGAAACCUCACACAAAUUAAAUCCUGAUGGGUGAUGUUCUAACCCAUUGAAAUCAGUUUCAAAACUCUGCGUGACUUCAGGGGAACUUCCCCAGAGCAUGUAUUACAGAGCAACCUAUCUGACACAAUCUGUUGGCACUUAAGAUACAGUUAAGGCUUCCCUAGGGGAAGUGUAGUAAUAUCAAACAGCCAGACAGAUCAAGUACAUGGUGGUAACCACGCAAGUGUGUGUUUCUGUUGAGGGGGGGGGUUCGUUUAAAUCAGUCAUUUGCGUAGAAUGGCAGUUUUUGUUUUGGGCCUGACCAUGUAGCUGAGACAUGGAAUUGAUGCUGGACCAUGGAAGUUCUGUUGGUAAAGCGCAGGAAGGAUCAGGCCUUUCUUUGUAAGUAUUAGUACAGGUUUGUUUAGUAAACCCGUAUACUGUAGUAAGCAUUGAUAGGGCAUUGCCACAAGAGGGGAGAUUUCCACGUGGCCCCUGUUUUGUGUUGCAUCUACAGUAUAUGUGUGUACUGUCUGUGUAGUACGUACACAGACAUUGUAAAGGGAUUGUUUGGUGACUAGUGUGGGAUUCAUGUGAAUUUUAACUAUUGUGUAAUCUGUAGAGCCAAGAACAUGUGAUUGCUUAAAAACCAUGUUACAAGAUCAGUUGGUCAGUAUUCACAUAUUUUGUUUUGUACAUUUUUUAUUUCUUAUGAAACUCAGAAAACACAAUAUAACCAAAUCAGCAACAUGUAAAUGUAUGCAAAAUUUACAGUGAUUCUGAGUCAGAUAUCUGGAAAGUGAUCAUAUAAGUAGCAGCAAAUGCUUAAAUUGUGUUAAAUAUUUGUAACACAACUAUUUGAUAUUGCAUUUUAAUCCAUUCUGCAUUUCAUAUUCCAUAACCCUUAUCCCUCCGUUUUGAAGUUCGCCUACAUGUACAAUUCUGUAUCUUGAGUCUUUUAAUUUUCAGGACUUCCAUUAUUGCUGGUGCUUCCAACGUGCAUCUGUUUCUUUGGAAAACAACUCUACUGUUAUUUUUUGUAAAUAGUUUUGUAUUGAAUUUGCAUGGAUAAACCCCUCCCCCCACCCAAAACCAGUGUAUAUAUUCUAUGUAUAAAAUACAAACUGUUUCAUAACUU